UCCCACGCGGCGCGCGCUGGGGAUGGAAAUGGAAUCUAUAGCUUUCCCUUCUUCCCGCUAUUUUCUUUUUCACUUAUAUUGGCGGCUUUAGAUCUCAACAGCAGGUAUCAAAUUUUCUUGCGAAAGAGAAAGCAAUUUCCUCGGAAUUUUCCCGUAUUUUUAUCUGUUGACAAACUGCAUGAAUUCUCGAGAGCUUGUUCUUCUCUCUACAGCAACGGUUUUCGGUGCACUGGCAUCUGCUCUUGCGGCUCGCUUCUUUUUCUUCAACCAGAAAAAGCACUUUCCCCGAAUCGAUUCGUCUGCCGUUUCGAAGAAAUGCUCUUCUCAGAGCCCGUUUGAUCCCUCCAAGCGCCAAGGAUACUUGUCAUGGGACGAUUAUUUUAUGGCAAUUGCUUUUUUGUCAGCUGAACGAUCCAAAGAUCCAAACAGGCAGGUUGGUGCAUGCUUGGUCAGUCAAAAUGAAGUUAUUCUUGGCAUUGGCUAUAAUGGAUUUCCAAGAGGUUGCUCAGAUGACAAACUUCCUUGGGCAAAGAAAUCUAAAACUGGGAAUCCUUUGGAGACUAAGUAUCCUUAUGUUUGUCAUGCUGAAGUUAAUGCUAUCCUGAACAAAAACCACGCUUCUGCUGCAGGGCAGAAGCUUUACGUGACCAUGUUCCCUUGCAAUGAAUGUGCCAAGAUAAUCAUUCAGUCAGGUGUAUCUGAAGUUAUAUAUUUUGUGGAGAAGAAUUUAAGUAACUCUGACACAAACUACGUUGCUUCACACAAGCUACUAUCUAUGGCUGGUGUCAAGGUCAGGAAACAUCAACCACAGAUGAACCAAAUGUUGAUAAAGUUUGAAGAUUCCUAGAUGAUGAUAUGUUUAUCCUAGAUGAUGAUAUGUUUAUUUAUCAAGGCCGGUCGUUGCUUAUGUUCAGUGUUGUGCAUUGUUUCACUUGUAGGUUCAAAGCCAAGUGGUUGAAUGAUGCAUGAAUUAUAUAUCGUUGCAUUAUUUACAUUAGCUACCAUUAAAAGCUUCAUCAGAUGUGAUUGAGACUGUUUGGAUGAGUUAAGCCAGGGCCUGCUAAAUGAUAUAUUAGGCUUUUGUUAUGUUAAA